GUUGUCCUGUAAGAAAUAUUUUUUAUCGAGACCUCACCUAAGAUCUUCAAGAGACUUUUCCUUGACUUUUAACCGACAACGAUGCAUACUCUUCCCUUAUCGUUCGCGCUGUUGACGUAUGUCGGAUACUGGCGACCCGUCAACUUAACAUCCGUCAAGUAUUGGGCGUACAUCGUUUAUUCUAUCGCGAUGAUUUUUCUACUUUACUCAUUCACUUUUUGCGGCUUAGUCGACUGUUUCAUAACCAAGGAUCUCGAUAAAUUUAUCGAGAAAUUCUCGCUGUUCUUAUCGGUGUUGGGCGUCUGCUGCAAAGUGGCGAACCUGGCGCUACGUCGGAACGAUAUCAUUGAUCUCACCGAGAUGUUACUGACGAAUAUCUGUGUACCCAGGAACGAACACGAAACAAAUAUCCAGCGACGCUUCGAUCGCAGUGCGAAGACAAUCACAAUAUGCUGCGAGAUACUGAACGAGUCGUGCGUCUUCUUCGGCACGAUCGCUCAACUUCAGUACUUCAUCAGUACUCGGACCUUGCCACAGUGCGAUUGGGUGCCUUACGACAUCUCAUCAACGAUCGCUUACUGGAUUACCGUAGUGCACCAAAUCAUCGCACUAAUAGUCUGCGCGAACUCUAGCGUCGCCCAUGAGACUCUUAUCGCUGGUUUUAUGAUUCAAACUUGCGCCCAGCUGGACAUUCUCUGUCAUCGUGCUCGCACGUUACCAGAUUCGUUGCGAGAGGCUCGGAAAAGCAGCACCUCGAAAGAGAACUUCAAGGCGCAAGAAUUGCGACUGGUCCGCGAGCUCGUCCAUCAUCAUCGCUUCGUGUAUAGAUUUGCGGAACGCAUCACUUCGAUAUUCACGUUAAUGAUUUUCGUGCAAUUCACUAUAAGCUCGACAGUAAUCGGCCUCAUCAUCUACAAAAUGUUGACGAGAAGCUUGUUCAGCAUUGAAUUUGCUUGGCACUCGUCAUAUCUAGGCUCCAUGCUCGUGCAGAUUUAUUUGUACUGUUGGUUUGGUAAUAAAGUUACACUAAAGAGCACUGAAAUUGGAAGUGCUAUUUACGAGAUGGAUUGGCCAAUGCUUCCUACCGAUUUAAUGAAAAUCCUUUUGAUAAUAAUCACACGAUCUAAGAAGCCAAUCCAGAUAACUAGUGGAUAUAUAAUUACUUUGUCCAACGAUUCGUUUAUGAAGAUCAUCAAACUAUCUUACUCGGCGUAUAAUGUUCUGAAGGGAUAAUACAAGCGAAAGCAAUCAUCUUACGUCCUGAAGUAAUCUGGUGGCCAACUAAUUAUUUUAACACGAAUAAUAUUGUUUAAAAAUAUCUACAGCUUAAGUAUUUUUUUUAAUAUUCUUAUACGUAUGUCUUAUACCAUAUUGUGAUCUGAGGAUGGAAGACUUCUUGAAAAUAAUUUUAUUUUUGCUCUUUCAUCCUCUGCAUUAAAUUCUACAUGACAGCAACAACUCGCAGGAAGUCGAAAGAAAUCGCGGACGAUCUUGCCGUCUGCGGAAAUAGCAGACAACUCACGAUAAAUAUAUUUUUGCUUGCAUGAUGUGAUGUAUCCUUCAGCAAAACCAUCGAUUAUCUCGCAUUUUGCGUCCUCUUCUCUGAAAAUACAAUACGAUAUUCUUUGUGACUAUGA